AUGGAACGAAGUGAAAGUUCGAAAAGUGUAGUGUUCCAAGAAAAACAGGAGUGUGACGUUCCAGUAGCGCAACCUGGGGCCAUUGAAGUGCCAGACGGCGGUUAUGGGUGGUUUGUUGUCGUUGCGUAUUUUCUGUACAAUUUCAGUACAUGGGGCGCUAACGCCGGUUACGCGGUUUACCUAGCACAUUACUUGCAAUACAAUAAAUUUCGUGGCGCUGGUAAACUUGAUUACGCGGCAAUUGGCGGGUUUGCAUUUGGAUGCGGUCUUUUUUUUGGUCCUGCCAUAACCUGGUUGGCGCACGCGACUUCGGCCCAAUUUGUACUUGGCGUUGGAAUUUUGUUGCAAUGUGCAGCAUUGUUACUCGCAGCAUUUUCCACGCAACUAUGGGAACUUUAUUUGACCCAAGGUGUUCUCAUUUCAUUCGGACUAGCGUUUAUCUGUAUUCCUAGCUUAACCUUACUACCUCAAUGGUUCAGAAGGAAAAGAUCCUUGGCCAUGGGUCUGGCUACAGGCGGAAGUGGUCUGGGCGGAAUUAUAUUCAAUUUGGGCAUGCAGAAAUUAAUCGAAGUCAAAAGUGUCAAAUGGGCGCUCAUCGUUCAGUGCAUCAUGUGCACCUCUUUGAGUUGUAUUGGCUUGGUUUUGACAAGAACCAGAAACAAGGCGAUUUACGGGCCAGAAAAACCCAAGAUCAAACUUUUCGAUCGUGAAGUGGUUUGCAGCAUUGGAUAUUGGCUUAUUGUCGUGUACAUUAGCCUCACGAUGCUGGGGUACGUGAUUCUACUGUACUCAAUGUCUUCUUUCACAGUUUCUUUAGGCUACUCUGAAAACCAGGGCUCAAUUGUCUCUUGUAUGAUCAGUGUCGGUGCCCUUUUUGGAAGACCUGCAGUGGGCUACGUUGCCGAUUUCGUGGGUCCCGUUACCAUGUCCAUUGUCGCGCAUCUUAUAGUGGCAGUUUUCAGUUGGGCCAUGUGGAUUCCAUGCCGCAAUUUCGCUACUGCACUACUUUUUGCGCUCAUUGUUGGGUCCUUCAUGGGUAGUAUCUGGUCUUUAAUGGCGCCUAUUGUGACGCGAGUCGUCGGGUUAAAAAAACUGACCGUUACUUUCGGAAUGCUUUGGAUUUUUUUGAGUAUCUUCGGUAUUGUGGCACCGAUUAUUGGGUUAGAACUACGUUCUAGUAGUAACUCCGGGGGCAAUCAAUACGUCAGAACCGCUAUUCUAGCAGGAUUCGCUUAUCUUGGGUCUGCACUAGCGUUGUGGAUUUUAAGGGGAAUGCUGGUGGCUCGUGACGUGCUAGCGGUCGAGGCACAAACUGGAUUUGACGAGGGCGAAAUGCAUCUCAAGGUGAACAAAAAAGAUUGGGCGGCAGGCUUGUUCAAAUUCAAGAACCUUCCCAGGGUGGUAUAG